AUGAACCCUACUCUGACGGCGGAGGCGGCGGCGCAGCUGCAAGAGGGGAUUCAUUUGGUGUUUUCUCGAUGGGCCGCCCUCCGCAUGGCCGUCGAGAACGAGUGGGGCGGCCGUGACUCGCUCCACAAAUCUCAUCAGCUCGAGCUGAGUAUUUUUCAACGCCUCACUCAAACAAAAGAACAAGUCUACAUUGAUGACAUAGAGGAUAUGCUUGACGACUUCAUGCUUUCGUUAAACACUGAGAUUGGAGAUGGCAGCAUUGAGGAGGUAUUAUCCCUUUGA